UGCUCCCCCAGCCGAGAGCAGCAGCUGCUCCGGCUCUGAUCAGCUCUUCUAUGCAAGCUCUUCCUUAUUUACUUUUUCCCCCCCAGGAAACGUGAACCGCUAGAGCAGCCAGUGGACCUAGGUGUUGGCGACCUUGCUGAAGUUGUAGUGGUUGUUCUAAGAGUUGUUUUCUGUGUUUAAUUCCUCAUCCUAAGCCGUUUGUAGCAGCGAUCCCCCGAGCUGUGACGAACGCGGGAAAAUGUCGUCGCUUCCGGUGUGAGGAAGAGUUGGCGCGACUCUGCACUUGUAAACACAACAGAUCACCAGCAGCCUCACUAUAUGAAGUCCAAGUGAAAUUUGACAGAAUGGAGAGCAGCUCUGCUUCUUGUCGCGCAGUCCCUGCAGUUAACGAAAACUCUGUGGAUAUUUACGAUGGCCUGGACGUUGGGCAUUGUAGCAAUCCAGAGAACUCGCCCCGUGUUAGCCCUAAUCUGAAAGAGUCGAUGGAUCUUUAUGAAGACAUUGUGACGGAGGAACAGCAGAGCAGAGAGUCGUCAUACAUCGAGUUAAAGUCCAUACUCCAAACGGCUCAGACCCAAAUCAGGGAGUUGCGCGGGAGACUGGAGCAAAUGGAGAUGCAGAACACAGGGUUGAGCAGUGAAAACUGCCGUCUGAAAAAGAACAUCUCUGCGCUUUUACGGACGGCGAGGCAAGAGGUGAUGCGAAAAGAUGCCGAGAUUCAACGGUUGAAUCAACGGGCUGAGAGAGGUCGCCAUUCCCACCAGUCUCAUGUGAACAAUGUUCGGGAUCCAACGUUCUCCAGUCACGCCUCUACAAUUGAUCCCAUAAGCAGAGCGCCUCUUCCACCACCACCUUGUCCUCUUCCACCACCAUCUUGCCCUCCUCCACCACCACCAUGUCCUCCUCCACCUCAGUCUUCCAAGACAGAAAGUCACAGUUGUCCCCCUGCUUCCCAUCCACCUUUGCCAAGUUCACCUCACAAGGAGGAUCUUCCUCCAAAGCAUCCGCCUCAACCUUCCAAGAAAGAAAGUUAUAAAUGUCCUGCUCCUCCCUCUCUACCUCUGCCGGCUUCUCGGCCGGCUUCACCGCACAAGGAGGUUCCUCCUCCGAGACAUCCGCAUCAACCUUCCAGGAAAGAAAGUCACAGUCGGACCAGAUCAUCCAAAGUGUCGCCUCAUAGGGAUCCAAAAAGAGAUAUCGAAGUAGCUGACAGACGGACUAAAUCAGAGAAAUACGAGUCCAAAAAUGGUCAGAAAUUACCUGAAGCGGCUGAUAGGAGGCAUAGAGAUUAUUCAGAUCCCAACAAGAACCCUCAUGCACCUGCGAAGAACAGGUCUCAAAGAGCCGACAGAGAUGAAGAACAAAGGUGUGACUCCAUCUCGUGUAAGAGCAAGAGCGACCUAAGUGUAGACGGGCUCCACAGAUUAGCUGCAUCUAAGAUGUCUUCGUCAGAGACUUUACACAGUUCAGCCUCCUCUGACAGCAGCAAAGGAAGCGGUCGUGAGCAGCGGCCAGAUAAAGCCAAAAUGGUCACCCAGAACCAUGAGGGUGAUAAGGCUCACCACUCAAAAGAGGGCCAUAGCCGAGAGCGCAGGAGAAUCAGAAGCAGCCAUUCUCACGACAGACAUUCCAGCUCCAAGGACAAGAAGAAGUCCUCCCCAAGUCAACAUGCCGAGGGCCAGGCCGAUCUAAACAAAGACAGGGAAGGGGAUAGACAAAAAGAGAGAGCGGAAAAGGGACGCGAGAGCCAACUUGACAAAAAGCACAAGAGGAGAAAUGGGUCAGAGGCGAAUAGAGAGCGUGAAAGACGGAACCCCAAAAAAGACAAAGUUAAAGCAGAUGCACGCAGCCAGGAAAAACCCCAAAUGAAGUCUGAAGCUGUGAAAAUCUCAUCUGAAAAGCCAAGUCUGGAUGGAAAGAACUUUUUGACUGAAAACAGUCCGAACAGGAAGCUGUGUUUUAUGGAAACGUUGAAUCUGACCCGUUCACCAAAUAAAAAACCGGCGUUUCCCAUUGAUGUCACCCAAAAGGACCUCACACCGGUUGAUAAGGACGCUGGAAAUAAACCUGAUCUGGAUAACUCUCUGCUUAACAUGGAAGACAUGUGCGUCAUUGAUGAAGCAGACAACAGUGAAUUAGAAGAAGGCUCGGGGGAAGUUUUAGGGCAGUCUCCAGAUCUCCUCAGCAGCCCCGGCUCUGAGAGGAUCCAUGAGAGAUGUGCGGAUGUCGUGGGUGUCCAGGAAAAGGACAAAGCUGUCUCCGCUCAGAGCAAACCCUCUGAUAUCGGCCAGAAUGAGGAGACUGUGCACCUCAGCUCCAAAUCUCCAGAAAGUAGUUCUUUAAAAGAUAUGGACGGGUCAAAACAGGGGGACAAAACCAAGCUGGUCGCAAAAAAACAGGAAACUGAAUGUGGAACAUUGGAGGUCGCACAUGGUACAGAUCCCAGCGACACGCCGCAAAGCAUUUCUGAACAUCACACAAAACCUUCCCCUGUCUGUCACAGAGAUCUCCCUGAUGCUCUCCCUGAUGCUCUCCCUGAUGCUCUCCCUGAUGCUCUCCCUGAUGCUCUCCCUGAUGCUCUCCCUGAUGCUCUCCCUGAUGCUCUCCCUGAUGCUCUACCUGAUGCUCUACCUGAUGCUCUACCUGAUGCUCUACCUGCUGCCGACACAAACGGUGCUGCUCCCCAUUCACACGAAUCCCAGAAGGCGGUCUCUCUGGAUUCAAAUGAAGGCGCUGCAGACUCAACCCACCCAAAGGAAACAAACGCUAACAAGGACAUAAGUGAAGAGACCAGUCCCAAAACCUCCCCCAUUCCCCCCGGCGUUGCACCUCAUUGUCCCAAAACCUCCCCUAUUCCCCCCGGCGUUGCACCUCAUUGCCCUCCCUCCUCAACCCAAGUCACUCCCGAAAAGGAACAAGAGUUUCCCAAGGACACGGAUCCCGUAUCGAGUACCAUCAGCCUAGACUUGCUUCCACAAGAAGGGCUGAGUUUGACAGAGGCCAUUUAUGUUUUAACCGAAACUACCAAAGAUGUCAGUGACAGCAGUGUCAGUGUCAGUGAGCCCAGCUCUUCCACGGGCUGCAUAGCAGUGUCCAAAGUAAGCAGCACAACGGGCGAGAAGAUGCUACCAGAAAAGGACUGCGUUGUCACUGCCACACCCAAGAAGAGUCAGGAGAGUAGCGCCGAGCCGUCCAGCUCUGUGCCCUUUCUCCACGACGAGGACUCAAUGAUGCGCACGCUGAGCAAUCUUAAGAGAAUCCCUGACGCCAUCAGCCCCCUGAGGAGCCCGGUGCGGAAGAGCAGGCGAAGUCUGGCUUAUGUGCAGAGCAAGCCGGGAUUCAUCAAGAGUCUUCAAAAGGAUUUUUCCACAACUCCCGUCGACGGAAGUUCAAAGACUUUGGAUGUAAACAAGGAGAACAAAUAUCCCGGUUGUGCUACAAGUCAUGACCAUGAAAACUUGGCAGAUACGGUGUCCAACCUGCCUUCCUCUGACACGGAUCUGGAGGAAGGGGAAAUCUUAAGUGAAAGUGAUGAGGCAACUUCAAGUUCCCCGGUUCCUGCAACUAAGAGAGCGAAGCUAGUAAAGCCAGUCAGACAAAAACCAAGCCCCAUGUCUGUUUUAAAGCGAAAAUCUGAAGAAACCCGUGCUUCCUCAAAAGAGACUCCUGAAGCAGCAGGUAUAUCAACUCAAAGUCCCAGGAGUCGCUUUAAAACAGUUUGCCCUACGGCAAGCAAAGCUUCUUUUUCCAACAUAGAGGAAAUAAUGGAGACGUUUAAGUUGGUUCGGGCUGAGAUCCGUAAAAAGUUCAUGAAACUCCAUAAAACAUUCCCUAAAAAGAGCUUCUACGGUAUGAUGGACAACUUCCAGAAGUCUUUCUUAGAGUUUGUGGACGGCGCCCACUUUGGCCAAAUCUGCAGUCAGGUUGAGGAGCUGAAGGCCAAGCUGAAGAAACUGAUUGGAUCUGUGUUUGGCAAAGUAUUAAACAAUGGUAUUGUAAAACGAAUUUUUGAACAACAGGCAGUUGAUCUGAAGCAAAAGUUGUGGGACUUUGUUGACGUCCAAGUUGACUACUUGUUCAAGGAUAUACAUACGACGCUGAAUAGCCUUUGCAAACCGACCAGAACACGGGUUGGGGACAAGAGGACCCGUGGAGAUGAGAAAGCAUCUCAACGGCCUCCCCCAAAGAAGCUACAGUACAAGCAGAAAGAACUUCAGUCUCCACCCUGCAGCCUGGAUCAGGUCAAACAAGGUGCCACGCCUCCUUACAAAACAGGCCUUGGCAGUAGGGGCAAAGACAUUAGAAUCACACCCACAGAAAAAGACAGAAAUGCUAGUUCAACGCCACCAAAUUGCCAAAGUACACAAAUGGUGGUUAGACCCCUUCCUCGGAACAAUCUUCCCUCGACUCCAGAAAAAAAGAGAGUGUCUACUUUGGUGGUCUCUCAAGGUCGCUCUGCAUUGGACAAAACGGACUUUGAGCUGCUGACAGAACAGCAAGCCUCCAGUUUAACAUUCAACCUGGUAAGAGACUCUCAAAUGGGAGAAAUAUUCAAGUGUCUACUGCAAGGAUCUGACUUGUUGGAAAACGGUGGGGCAACUGGAGACAACCCCGCAUGGCCCCUUGGUACUCCAAGGAAAGACGGAGAAAGGUUCAUCAGCAUCACCACACCAUCCAAAUUUGACUCCCCAUGCAAGCUGCAUUCCCCUGCCAAGUUUGAUUCUCCCUCGAAGCUUGUGGCCACCGCAUGGUCCAGCAUUUCUCCUCGUAAGAUGCUGUCCCCACGGCCAAAAAAGCAGAUAUCACUCAACCCAGCGAUGUUUGACGAAAGUUGCCUCUUGGAAGUCCCAUCGGAGAAUAGACUUGUGCUGCAGACCAGCUUGGCACAGAAGUCCUACUCCAUUCUUGCAGAGGAUCUGGCAGUGUCCCUUACCAUCCCAUCACCUCUCAAGUCUGACAGCCACCUCAGCUUCCUACACUCAUCCAGUACCAGUAUGCAGAUUAUGUCCACUCCAGAGAGCGUCAUCAGCGCACACAUCAGUGAAGAUGCCCUGCUGGAUGGGGAGGACGCUAUGGAGCAGGACAUUCACCUGGCCCUCGAUACCGACAACUCCAGCUCUGCUUCCAGGAGCAGCGUGGCCUCGGAAAUGUCCAUCACCCCUUUUGUGUUCAAGCCUGACAUACCUAUGCAGGCGUUGGUGAUGGAGAGGUCGAACGAUCACUUCAUCGUGAAGAUUCGACAGGCAAGCAUCGAUGCCAAUGUGACUUUGACUGCUGACGAGAGCUUAAGUCGGACAUUAACAGAAGAAGAUGACCAGCAUCACACAGACGGUGAAGUACGACCUCGGGAAAGUCUAACUGUUUUUCUGGAGACAUCUCAAAGAGAGAGCACUUCCUGCUGUGCUUUCCCCUCAGAGAAAAGCUUCUCUGAACAUACUGGAAACAUAGACAUUAAAUUGGAUACGCACCACACUUCGUACAAUCCAUCCCAUAAAGAAGGAAAUAUUUCUCUUCAACAAAAUACCUCAAAAUCCAUGAAAAACCAACCUGAAACUGCUCAUUCAGGUGACGCUUCUAAAAAGGAUUCUGGUCAGUUUACAAACUCUGCUCGUGAAAGAAGAAGUCGGAAGAAAAUCAAAAAAGACAAUAAAACAAAACGUCCUUCAAAUGCUCCUUCUGAGUCACAGAAAAGGACUGGUUCCCCUGAAACCGCUGCCUCCAGUAACUGUCUGCCUUCCACUCCUGAUACCAGAGGCACAAAUGGGCAAAGUCAGGGUUCACGGGCAUGCCCGUCGCAAUCGGAGACUGACGACAUCAACGUUUCUGAAUCAGAGAGGAGUCUCACCAUUGCAGAGGACAUGAGCAUGAGGACACCAGAGAAAGCUCGGGGUUGUGAUAAAAGCAGGAAACGGAAGAGGCAUCGAGAGAAAGUGAAAGCUAAGAGGCCUAGAAAGAAGGAUGUGCUGAGGGAAACAACCCCCUCCAAGAGUGAUGAUGAGGAGGCAAAGUCUUCACCGCCAGCGCUAUCACCCAGCAGUCUGUCAGCCAAGAAUGUUGUCAGAAAGAAGGGCGAGGUGGUCAUGACUUGGUCCAGAGACGAAGAUCGAGCUAUUCUGAUUGAUCUGAAGACAAAGGGGCCUUCACGUGAGACGUUCACCGCACUGUCAGAGAAACUGAACAAGCCGUCAGGCCAGGUCGCCCACAGAUUUUACCAACUCAUGAAGCUUUUUAAGAAGCAAGAGAAGAAGGAGGCCUGAUAUCUUAACUGAUCGUAUCAAAACAUUUUCACAUUUCCUCCAGCAGCAAUAUCGUGACGUUAUGCAGGAAGGAGCGAGUUUGAGCUUUAAGUUGACGUGUUGAUCACCAGCGACUGUGUCCGCUGACAUCUGGAGCUCUCCACCCACAGAAUUUUGGACGACUUUCUCGAUUACAUUUUUUUGUUUUCCAAGGACAACUGGAAAUCCCGUCAUCGGUUCUGCUUACUUAACAUUACCAGCCCUUUUUGUAUUAAAAAGAGAUGAGGGCUUGGAGGGAUAUCAGUGGGGAAACAACCACUCAAUACUGUUUUUUCAUGCACUUUUUUUUUUCAGCAAUCCACAUUGCGAUCACUACUGCAGCUCUGCAUCCAGAUCUUUGCUGAUUACACUUCUCACAGAGAAAUGCACAACUAUAAACUUUGCUGAACCUGUUUCUUUCCUUUCUUUCCUUUCUUUCCUCACCUUAAUAUGACAUGGAUGCCUACAUAUUAUUUCUUUUUCCUUAAAUAAAUAGGGAAUCUACCUUCAGACCUCCCUGUUCCACUGCAGGAAUCCUCAAUUUUCUGACAUUGUGUUAUUCAGUUCAUAAGAAGUUACCAGAUUUCUCUCUGAGAACAGUUUGAAUAUCACACAUUGAUAUGCUGUCGGGUUGAUGUUUUUUUGGCCUUUUGUGUGUGAGUGUGUGUGGUAUUUUUCAUUUUACUCAAACGGAUCUAUUUGUGUUUAAGGUACUUGAUACAUUUAAGAUGCUUCAUGUGAAGGACAGUACACCUAUCUCUGUUAAUACAGAGCUUGUAUCUGUGGGCCGAAGGGGCAUCUUUCUUUCCUCUCAUAGAUGAACAGAAUUAAUCCACAUUCAAAAUGUUGUACAUAAUUUUUACUGAAAAUAAAGUUUUAUUUAUUUAUACUG